AUGGCCACCGACAAGAUCACUUUUCUGACCAACUGGCACGCCACCCCGUACCAUGCCCCCCUGUACCUCGCCCAGGCCCGUGGCUACUUCAAGGAUGAAGGCCUCAAGGUCGCCUUGCUGGAGCCCAAUGACCCAUCUGAUGUGACCGAAAUCAUCGGCAGCGGCAAGGUCGACAUGGGCUUCAAGGCGAUGAUCCACACGCUAGCCGCCAAAGCCCGUAACUUCCCCGUGACAUCUAUUGGGUCUCUUCUCGACGAGCCCUUCACGGGCGUGGUGUACUUGAAGUCCAGUGGUAUCACUCCGGACUUCCGCUCGCUGAAGGGCAAGCGCAUUGGCUACGUCGGCGAGUUUGGCAAGAUUCAGAUCGACGAGCUGACCAAGUACUAUGGCAUGACGGCUGAUGACUAUACGGCCGUUCGCUGUGGCAUGAACGUCACCAAGGCAAUCAUCCGCGGUGAUAUCGACGCCGGCAUCGGCCUGGAGAACGUGCAGAUGGUCGAGCUGGAGGAGUGGCUGGCUACCCAAAACCGGCCGCGCGAUGAUGUUCAGAUGCUGCGCAUCGAUCAACUUGCCGAGUUGGGUUGCUGCUGCUUCUGCUCCAUCCUGUACAUCGCUAAUGACGCCUUCCUGGCAGCGAACGCCGACAAGGUCACUAAGUUUAUGAAAGCCGUCAAGCGGGCGACCGAUGCGGUUCUCGCCGACCCUGCCGGCACGUACGAGGAGUAUGUUGACAUGAAGCCCAUCAUGGCGACCCCCGUGAAUCGCAAGAUCUUCGAGCGCUCGUACGCGUACUUCAGUCGUGACCUAAAGAACGUCGCCCGAGACUGGGACAAGGUGACACGCUACGGCAAGCGCCUCGGGAUCCUUGACGAGGCUUUCGAGUCAAACUACACCAACAGUUAUCUCUCCUGGGGCUUGGAUGCCGACUCUACCGAUCCCACGGGCGAUCAGAAGCGCAUGGUGGAGCUGCAGAAGGAGGUCGCGAUCAAAGGUGGCUUCAAGCGUCUGCCGGUCUCGGCCACUGCUUGA